ACCACAGCUGGAAGGAGCAAGUCUGGACACCGAGUUGUUUGGAGUUAAGAAAGUAUCUUCUAGGGAGUCUGCAAUAACUGUGAAAGAGGUCAUCGGUGAUGAGGUCAUCCUGAAUGCAGGCUGUAUUCAGAACCUAGAACCUGGAGUUUAUGAUGUCUUUGAGCCAACGGUCAACGAGGCUGGUGUUGGUCUUGGCGAGAAGUCUCCCGAUUGGCUUGGUAGUAUAAACGUUUCCGAGGGAGGUAUCGGACGACUAGAGACUUCUAGUUUGAUCAAGGAUCGCAACCCUGACAAAGAUAAAAAGAUCAGCCYUGGGUGCGUAGCCCACUUAAAGAUCCCUUGCAAUAUCAAAACCAACGCGUGGGUGAAAAUACCCCAAGACUCAGUUCCUCAGGGAAACAUCCAAGACCUUCUAGAUCACAUAAAGAAAACCAAAAUUCUAAAUGUUUCUACACAACGAUUAGAAGAUGAAGACUUGAUAACCAUUGGAAUUGAAUCCUUGCUUCCUAGUCAAAAGCCAAUYAAGGUUUGGGUGGCACGUCGAAGAGGUCACAUCAUUGUCCCACCGUUAGACCUGGGCCAAGAAGCAACUAUGGCAGAGAACUUAAAUCGUUAUUUGAGAUACCAGUUCGCUCUGGCUUCUGCACAAUCGCCUGAAAACGAUGACGAAUUGCUAGAAGAUGUUAGCGUCAAAGUCGCGAAAAUAGAGAAAGUUAAGCCUAUUUCGGCCGCGUCCAGAGGAAGGAUAAUCCAGGAAGGACUUGAGAGUGGAAAAGAUCUUUAUGAAGAUGCUUUCCAAUAUCCUGUUCUACUGUCGCAUUCUCUCAUCGAUCCAAAGUCGAAUAAACUAAAAGACGAGACAGGUGACGCUUUCGUGUACCAAGUUACCAAUCAUAACGAGGAAGAUAAUGUUAACAUUUGUGUGCUGUUUUAUCAGUUUGACGGAGCCAUCAAGACAAUCUAUCCCCCCAAAGAGGGACAAACAGCAAAAUUGAGAGGAGGGAACACAAUACAAGAUAUCUUUCGAGUAUUUAUUCCCUACAAUUCUCUUCGUAAGAUGGCUCAACCAGAUCCCACAGAGCCCGAGCCUGAUAGAGGCGUCGAUACAAUUGUUGUUUACGCUUUUUCCAAACCUGCUACUUUGGAGACGCUUCUGCAGASCCCCAUAGAUCUUAGUCUCAUACCAAGAGGAAGCGAUAAGGCCGAACCUUUGAGUGAUUUAUCAGCGUUUUCAGUCCCGUUAAGGAAGAGAUGUUUGGAAGACCAUGACAAUAAGGAUUUGAAGUGGGUUGUCGAGAAAAGAGAGUUCGCAGUUGUAAAAAAUACCUCUGAAUGACAAGAACAUAAUAUAACUACGAUAUGUACGAAAGGCGUAGAUUUGGAAGUCGCAAUUUAGCCAAAACUAGACCAUUACGCUACCAUUACCCUUUCGUUUAACUAUUAGAAUAAAGUCAUACUCACUGGACCAAUCAGCUCUCAGUAUUUUAGUGCUCUAUUACUCUCAUAGAGAUUCUUAGGUGGUAAGCGAUGGGGCCUUGAAGGCCAGGGAAAAUACAGGGUUAACGUCGUUUUCGCAUGACUGUGUUGUUAUUGAAGAAUCGAUUCUAGUAUUGAGAACAAGUUAACGAARCCUGCCUUAUUAUUCGAGUAUUACUCUAGUUCAAACAAUCACUAGAAUCAACCGUGUUAUUUKGAUUGUUUUUUAGUUUAAGAGUAAAUGUUUAUAGCUUGUUUAUAGUUUCUUAGCAACRAAUAAACUAUGAAAUGCCGUA